AUGUGUUGGAUUGAACACUAUGGAAUUCUAUACUCCAGUGACCCUGAAAUCAAACAUGAAGAGCUCAAAGGAUUAUCAAAAUUUGAAGUUAUGACAGAUUUGGACAAUGAUCCAAUAUUAGAAGAUUUGCAGAAAGCCAUAAAAUCAAUUCCUGGGAACCAGGCAUCCGGCAAGUUCUGUUUGUCAACUGAAAUCUACAAAUGUGCUGAUGAUGAAUUACUUCAAAAGCUUCAUGAAGUUAUACCGCUCUGUUGGAAACAGGAAGCAGUUUUGCAAUAUGUCAAAGAUGCUCUGUUUGUACAAUUAUACAAAAAAACAAAGGGAAUAGAAGUAACUGUGACAACUAUAGAGGUGAAAGAAUCUAUCCUGAAAGUCAAUGCAGUUUUUUUCUCAGGAUGUUCCACCAUUGGAAAUAUUAAUAAGCAGUUGGCAACAAAGUUUUGUGGACAACUUACAUGUAUAUAUGUCUUCAUCAGUCAUCACUGUGGCAUCCAGUAUGAGAUACUGGAUGAUAGCGGCGCGGAGCUGCUGCCCUGCCGGGGCCACUACCCGCGCCUGUCCUGCUGCGCCCGGGCGGGCCGGCACGGGCUGCUGCUGCUGCCCGCCGCCACCAAGAUAUUUUCUGUUACCAACAACACAGAAUGUAUGAAGCUACUGGAGGAAAUCAAAUGUGCACACUGCUCACCAUAUGCUCAGAAUCUAUUCCAUUCACCUGAGAAAGGGGAAACAUCUGAAAGAGAACUAGUUCUUCCCUACCUGUGCAAAGACUAUUGUAAAGAAUUCUUUUAUACUUGCAGAGGUCACAUACCAGGUUUUCUCCAAACAACAGCUGAUGAGUUUUGCUUUUACUAUGCAAGAAAAGAUGGUGGCUUGUGCUUUCCAGAUUUCCCAAGAAAACAAGUGCGAGGCCCAGCUUCUAACUAUUUGGACCAGAUGGAAGAAUAUGACAAAGUGGAAGAGAUCAGCAGAAAACACAAGCACAACUGCUUCUGUAUUCAAGAGGUUGUGAGUGGGUUGAGACAGCCUGUUGGAGCAGUGCAUUGUGGGGAUGGAUCUCAUCGUCUCUUUAUCCUUGAAAAGGAGGGAUAUGUCAAGAUUUUCACUCCUGAGGGGGAGAUAAUGAAGGAACUUUUUCUGGACAUACACAAGCUUGUUCAAAGUGGAAUAAAGGGAGGAGAUGAAAGAGGACUGUUAAGCCUUGCAUUCCAUCCCAAUUACAAGAAAAAUGGAAAGUUGUAUGUGUCUUAUACCACCAACCAAGAGAGAUGGGCCAUUGGACCUCAUGACCACAUCCUUCGGGUUGUAGAGUACACAGUAUCCAGGAAAAAUCCACACCAAGUUGAUAUGAGAACAGCAAGAAUGUUUCUAGAAGUAGCAGAGCUACAUCGAAAACAUCUAGGAGGACAGCUUUUAUUUGGUCCAGAUGGAUUCUUAUACAUUUUCCUGGGUGAUGGCAUGAUCACUCUGGAUGAUAUGGAAGAGAUGGAUGGUUUAAGUGAUUUUACAGGUUCCGUAUUACGUCUGGAUGUCAAUACUGAUUUGUGCAAUGUGCCUUAUUCCAUACCACAAAGCAAUCCACAUUUUAACAGCACCAAUCAGCCUCCUGAAAUUUUUGCACAUGGACUCCACAAUCCAGGCAGGUGUGCUGUGGAUCGCCACCCAAUAGAUGCAAAUAUCAAUUUAACAAUACUUUGCUCUGACUCAAAUGGAAAGAACAGAUCUUCUGCAAGAAUCUUACAGAUAAUAAAGGGCAAAGAUUAUGGUAAGUUCUAUCCAGUGUAAAACCUAUUAUGAAAA